AUGGCCAUGUCUUGCAGGUACGCGGCUCGCAGCUGCGCCCGUCAGCUGCGCACCGCCAACUCCCUCCGCGCUUCCGCCUCCUCUUUCCAGACCCGAACCCCUGCGACAGCGAGACGGCACAACUCGACCGAGGCUGCGCCUGCGGCAAACCCUAAGAUUGAGACCAUUGUCGACCAGAUCAGCAAGCUCACUCUCCUCGAGACCGCCGACCUCGUCUCCACCCUGAAGUCCCGACUCAACAUCCCCGACCUGCCUGUCGGUGGCUUCGCCGCUGGCCCUGCCGCCGCCGCCCCUGCUGCCGUCGAGGAGGCUGACGAGCCCGCCCCCGCCGCCGCCGAGAAGAGCGUCUUCAACGUCAAGCUCAUGGCCUUCGAUGCCGGCUCCAAACCCAAGGUCAUCAAGGAGAUCAAGAACCUGCUGGGUCUCAGCUUGGUGGACAGCAAGAAGUUCGUCGAGAGCGCCCCGAAGCUGAUGAAGGAGAACGUGCCCAAGGACGAGGCCGAGAAGAUUAUCGCCACGCUGAAGGAGCUCGGCGCCACGGUCGAGAUGGAGUAA